GGAGGCUCGGCUGACAGUUGCGGCGCGGCCGUUGGCGAGGGGGGCGCGCGGGAUGAGCGGGGCGGCCGCGCCACUGCUGGACUGCAAAGAGCGCGCGCUGCGGCUGGGCGACAGCUUCGAGAGGCGGCCUCGGUGCGCCUUCCACACCGUGCGCUAUGACUUCAAACCUGCAUCAAUCGAUACAUCUUGUGAAGGAGACCUUGAAGUUGGUAAAGGUGAACAGGUGACAAUAACUUUACCAAAUAUUGAGGGUUCAACUCCACCAGUAACAGUUUUCAAGGGCUCCAAGAAGCCGUAUCAAAAAGAAUGCAUAUUGGUUAUUAACCAUGACACUGGAGAAUGUAGACUUGAGAAACUGAGUAGCAACAUCACUGUGAAGAAGACCAGAGGUGAAGGAAGCAGUAAGGUCCAGUCUCGCAUUGAGCAGCAGCAACAACUAAUGCGAAAUGCAAAUAAGAUUUCAAACAGUGUUAAGUGUUCUACACCAAAAGAAAAGAUGUCUCCAACUUCUCCUAUGGAUGAUAUUGAAAGAGAGCUCAAGGCAGAAGCUAAAGUUAUAGAGCAGAUGAGUAGUUCUGAUAGUUCAUCAGAAUCCAAGAGUUCAUCAUCCUCUUCAAGCAACGGCAAUAGUUCUAGCGAUUCAGAAGAUGAAAAGACAUCCCUCCCCGUAUCAAUGCCGUACCUGCAAAUGCAGCCUCCUGUGUCUGCUGUAUCACAUCACACCUUCCGUGAUGUGGAUACUGGAUAUAACAAAAGUAAAGAAAACAGUGGACACCUGAUAAACACAUUGCGGAAUGAUCUCCAGUUAAGUGAAUCUGGAAGUGACAGUGAUGACUGAGAGCAUUUUAGGAUUACAGUAAUUCAUUCCCUCCCUGGUUGAAGAUGAGAAGGCAGUUGUUUUGCACUAGAGUUAUGCUGACCAAGAUAGAGGAGUAUUACCAGCCUGGACAAUAAAGUUGACUACAUUUUUCUGACACUAUCAUUUGGAAUCAAGUUCAGCAACAGUCUGUUUUCCAUAACUUAUUUUAAUGUGGCUUUACUGAAUAUCUGAAUUUGGUAUUAAUAUUUUUAGCCAGAUCCAAUUUUCACUACUACCUCUUGUACCUAAAAUUUCAGCCAGCUAAUGGCUGUGUAUAAUGUAGACACAGAAGAAGUUCUUGUUUAUAGUAAAUACAUUUUUGAUUAAGGUUUACCUGAAAACCUUUGUAUGUUUAAGUAGGAGAGAACAAGCCAUUGAUGUGUAUUUUUUAACCAUUGUAGUUAAUUAUGUUCAAAAAAAUUGCCAAACAGUACGGCCAACUUCCUUAUAACGUGUAAUUGUUCAGCAAUACCAUAAACAAAUUCUUAAUUUCCUUGUAUAGUACAGGUUUUAGUCUGCAGUCUGUCAAAUAGGACUCGAUAAGCUUUGGCCUUUUGUAAUAAACUUUGAUCAACUCAUAGUUGUUUCACCUUGCUACCUAAAGUAGAUAGUUGCACAGCGUGUGUGGUCUCUAAUAUUGUUCAGAUCAACACAUUCCUUUGGGGGAGGAUUUUGCAAAUUUAAUAAAAUAUUUAUCACUUCA